UUUUUCAUGUUUGAUUACUGCUCAGCUGUGAAUUGGCUAACCUUUCGAAAUCAAGGUUUGCGAGAUUGGUUUGGAGAAUGGGGAAAUGUAUCAGUUAUCAAAUAAAAAUUAGCGCGAUUACACGUGCUAGAGAUAUUGAUAUUUUAGCGCUGUUAGAUACGUUAUCAGUGAAUUAAAAUUACAGUAUUCGGUUGUGUAUAUACAAUGUCGUCGGUAAUGGACGAUAUUUAUGAACUAUUAGAUAGUUAUAACGGACGCGACAAGGUUGUCCGUCUCGCAUGCUAUGCUUGUAAAUUGUAUGGUUGCAUACAAGGAGAGAAGUCAUGGCAGGUUGCUGGCUCUCGACUUUCCAAUGCAAGGAUGAUGCUCCGACUGUUUGAUGAUAUUCCUAUGAUCAGACACACAUAUAAUUAUGGCUUAGGGAAACAUGAAUCUUCAAAAAUCGCAGCAUUCCUUGGGGUCCUUGCAAAUAUGGUUGACCAGGCUUUUUUGCCAGUGGAAAAAGCUUGCUGGCUUCACGAUGUUGGAGUUAUUAAAUUGUCAACAGUGACAGCAGAUAGACUUGAAAUAUUGAGCACAGCAUUGUGGGCAGGCAGCUUAUAUAUAUCUCUAAUACAAACAUUCCGGUCUAUGCGGCAUGUCUGGUGGAGCAGGGAUUGUCUCAGUGCUGAGGACGCUUGCGAAGCGAGGAGGAAUCUUGACGCCAGACUUAUUAUCCAAGCGAUAACUGCCGGAAAACUGUGUUUGGACAUCACACAUGCGGUCAGCUGUCUCCCUUCCGGGUGUCUGUGGGGGGAAAAGAUCGGAGGAACUAAAGUAUCAGCCAUUGCUACGUUUUCUUCGGUGAUCGGCAUAGGUUUAUAUUUUGCUAGGAAACGACUUCUCAAGUAAUCUUUUUUCAGAAGAUUGUGUAUUUCAUAAGUUGUAAUGUAUAAUUAAAAUAUUAUUACUAGCUUACAUUAGCUAGUAAUAAUAUUAAAUAUCACUUGCACGAAAAUUAACUAUGUCUUUUUAUAUCAUACGAGAUCCAACGCUGGAAAAGUAACACCCAAUUUCAGUCGUUUUAUUUUGAAAUAUUAUUUGAUGUAAAA